AUGUCUACCUCUCAGUCUGGUCAAAAGCCUUUGAUAGUUUGUCUUGGUUCUACAAAGUACCUCGACAAUGCCUAUCUAGACAAGUUCCAGGAGCACUUCAACUACAAAGUACUUGACGCGCAAGACCGUGCCGAGACCAUUGAGAAGCUGCCAGCCCUGAUCAAAGAACAUGGGCCUGUUGAGGGAUUCAUCAUCCGCAUGGGUACACCGCCAUAUGAACCCUUUGACGCCGAACUCCUCCAAUCCUUGGCUCCCGGAUGUCGCAUCAUCACGUCUGCUUCUGCAGGCUACAACGAGUUUGAUGUCAAGUGGAUGGCAGAGAACGGUAUCCAGUUCUGCAACUCUGUUGAUGCGGUAGCAGAAGCGACGGCCGACAUGGCCAUUUUCCUGCUCUUGUCAGUCCUCAAGAAUGCGACCAACGCAGAGAGAAGCGCAAGGGCAGGGCAAUGGAAGAAGAACCUGGUACCGACCAGGGACCCAACAAAUUUGACUGUGGGCAUUGUGGGUAUGGGAUCCAUUGGAAAGUAUUUUGCAAAGAAGGCGGCUGUUUUCAAUCUCAAAAUAAAGUACUACAACCGCAACCGAUUGUCUGUAAACGACGAGACGCUGUACAAUGCGACGUACUGUUCGUCGUUGCACGAGUUGCUUGGUUGCUCCGAUAUCGUAUCUCUGCACUGUCCUCUUAAUGCUGAGACCACCAAUCUCAUUAGUGAGCCAGAGUUCGCUGCCAUGAAGGAUGGUGCGUUCCUCAUCAACACAGCGCGUGGGGCAGUCAUCAAGGAGUCCGCGCUGAAGGAGGCGCUCAAGUCGGGCAAAGUGGCACGAGCAGGCUUGGACGUCUUCGUCAAUGAGCCGAGCCCUGACCCUUGGUUCUUUGAAGAAAAUAACAAUGUCACUAUUCAGCCUCAUCUGGGGGGCCUCACUGAUGUGGCUUUUUACAAAGCGGAGAAGGAGUGUUUUGAGAACAUCAGUGCUCUUUUCCUCCGCGGCAAGGCGAACAGUCCUGUCAACCUCCACCUCAUGAAGCAGUAG